CUCGCCGCUCCCGCCCAGCCGGGCUGGGCGGGGAAGGCGCCUCCUUCCUGUUUCCGCUCGGGAUCCCGGAGCCCUGCAGGGCCGCGGGAGCUCGGCUCGCCCUUCCGCCGCUCGGCAGGCCCGGAGGGUGCCCGGGGCCGCAGGGUUUUCUCAGUAGGAAAACAGAGAAGAUGUUCGAUAUUAAGGCUUGGGCCGAGUACAUCGUGGAGUGGGCUGCCAAGGACCCCUACGGCUUUCUCACAACCGUGAUCUUGGCUCUGACACCGCUGUUUGUCAUUAGUGCAGCGCUGUCAUGGAAACUUGCAAAAAUGAUUGAGGCCCGGGAACGAGAGCUGAAGAAGAAACAGAAACGCCAGGAGAACAUUGCAAAGGCCAAACGAACGAAGAAGGAUUAAAUGAGCAAAAAUGGCCUUCCUUGUGCAAAGAAUUCACUUUUAAAACGAAAUACUUGUACAUUUUGUGUUGCAACUGUCCUUUGAUAGUUGAUCCUGUUAUUUCUUGAAGUAGGAAGGUUAAUACUUCAGUGUAAUUUUUUCCUGCUGAUUUGUGUUAAAAUUUACCCAAGUGACACUUGUUAAUUAAAUUUACUAUUUGUAUUCUAGUGCAGGUUGCUUUUCUAAAUUUGCAUGUUAAAUUAAAAAAUUAACCUCUUGGAUGGC